AUGUUGCUAUCUCUACAAACUAAUAAGCCUUUCAGAAGUCACACCCAAUGCAAGUCGAGAUCUGAUCCAGCCCAAUUCACUGAACUCGUUAUUUCUCUAAAUAACAGCUAUCUCAAGGUACUUACUCAUUUUAUAGCCAGUAGUUUGGCAAUCAAAGACUGGUGCUUUAAACCAGCUGGUCGAGAGAUUAUGUUGGGACUAUUUGCCUUACUAGUGCUUUGGACUAGUGUUAGUGGAUCUAAUAAUGCGGCGGUAGCAACUAGACAUAGUGAGGCAGACAUGAAAGUAUCGCAAGAUCUACAGCAUCUGACAGAAAUGGUCAGGGACCUGGAAAUGAUUGGUUUUGAUUUUGAUAACGGAAUAGUGACAGUGCAUAAUAACAUACUAAUCCCUGAUCAAUUGCUAAAUUCCAGUGGAUCUAACCCAAUAACAACUAUUCCCAAGUAUCUACUUGUGCAUGAAGGCCGGUUCCUGUACUUCGAACUGCCAAACGAAUUGGAUUCCUCCAAGGCUGCCGAUACAUUAAACCGACUAAGAGAAGUGGCUAGUAUUAAGACCGAACGAGCCUAUGUUUGCUAUAAAAUAGGGAGGUCAAACUACCAUCAGACCAGCAUGCAAAUUAUAUGCCGGGCCAUUAACAUGAUUAAUUCUAACAGCUUGGAGAUUGAUUUAUAUGGUGUUCUGGAUGACGAAUUAGGUGUCGUUCCGAUCAACACAAAAGCCUGCCAGGCCGAGGCGGAAAGCGCGUUUUCUUAUAACGUCGAUGGCAAAUUGGACGUGCUCGAGUUUGCAGCCACAACCAACUUAAACAUGCUAGAGUUGAUAGGCACAAAAAUCAUCGUAAUGCUUCCAAUUUCAUGUAUUACCCUGAAGAAAGCCCAGUGCCAGCAUCUUUAUAUUCUUGACAAGCUGCCGCUAAUAGACAACUACACCAUUUCCUUUACCCUCUUACCGAUCGUUUCUAUAAUUGAUUGUCGCUUUCUUCAGACCACUUACCCUUCAAGAUGUGCCUGGAUCCGGAUUAGUGAUUCCAAAGUCAACACACUAAUGCUAAAUGGCCUGACGGAUGAUGCCGACCAAGAGGCAAGGAUAUCCCUGAAUAUAAACUGGGGGAGUCUGUGGUCUUUGCUUAGCAACAAGAACUAUCAAAUCAGGGUGCACAUAAUCAUCAUCGAUGAAAGCGACCAGGACUCUAUCCAUAGAAUGAUUCUUGCCCCACAUAGGCUCACGUCUUCUUCUUCCCGAAUUUAUGCCACCAAGGCCUUUUUCCAACUCUCCGACAAUCAGCCAUGCAGGGCCACGGAGCAAUUCAGCCAAAUCUAUACCAAAGACAACUGUGCCAGACUGGGUAUUAUAGUACACGACAUCAAAAUCCACUAUGCAAGCAGAGACCAGGAUCUGUAUAAUACCAUCGAGGUGCUGCAUUUAAUUAACGGCGUGAAAGAGAUACCUCGCGAGGUCAAAGACAUGCAUGUUACCUGCCAUGGUGAAGCGAUCAGCCCUCCUAACUGGCAACUUAACGAAACAGUUGACCUACAGCUUUCUCGAAUUCAAUUGCGUGCCAACGCAGAUAUACAUAGGCGCAUCUGCAAGAUGUUUUUCUGUCAGAACAUACGUUACACAACCAUUCAGAUCAGAGGGAGUAAAACACCACAUCCGCACCAGGUCAAAGAAUGUCUUCUUUUUCUAACCCAAUUCCAGAGUCUUAUAGCCAACACACUUAAGAUUGUGAAUGUUCGUGAUACCAGUCAGCAAACCACCAACUUUAAAAUACCCACCCUCGAUCUUGAACUUGAGAAGAGUCCCCAAUAUGCCCCUGCAAUCAAGACUUUAAUCUUGGACAACGUUGACGAGAGUAUUAUUUAUUGGGUGCUUGGGCGUUAUAUGUUUUCUAUUCCACUGGAUGUCUAUAUUUUCAAUCAGUCUUUCAACAACCUUGCUAUUUCCCAAAUUCUCACCAAACCUAUGAGUCAGCAGAUAGAAUCCCUUGUGCUCAACGACUUUCUUAAACUAGAUGAAGUGCAACAUUACCACGGCAAAAACCAAAUCAGCAACUUCUCACUAUUCGACUACAUAGAUACAGCCAUGAAGGCAAAUAUCAACCAAAAGCGUCUUAGACUAGAUAAACUAGCACUGUAUCCGAGUAACAUCAAAUUAAAGCCCUACAAUGCAGUCUUGCAGAAAUUGUUAAGCUUUAACCUACAACUACUAUUUAUGUCACUCAGUGACUACAUUCUAUGCACAACUACCCCAACCGCAGCCAUGUCCAGCUCAAUCUUAAAGAACAAGAAGAUCUUUACUCUUAGUCAAGUUACUCUAGCAGCGCUAGAACAAGACCUUACACACUGCCAGGCCAUCCAAACAACUCAAACACAGUUCAACCAACCACAGCCACUCCCAGUCCAAAAGCAUGUCGUUAGUAAAUUAAUCUUACGCUUCCACAAUCGCCCGUCACUAACUGAGAAAGGCCUAAUACUCAUCCUUCGCUGGACAGCUUGCCGAUUUAAAGAUGUGACUACUCUGAGUCUAGCCAAUAUUAGUCUUUCAACAAAGAAGCAGGAAUUGCUAGUAUCGCGCCACUAUUUAGUUCGAGGCCUUGGGUCUCUUAGUAACAUUCUAUUAGAAGACAAAAGCCCAUACCCAGCUGAAUCAUUAGCUGCGUCGACAAUUCCACUUUAUUACAACAAUCUACUAGCCACCAAUCCCAACACCAUCCCUGAAUUCACCGCCGUCUCAUCUACAUUACUAGUUCACCUUAUCUCGCAAAAGGACAAAAUUGAUGACAUCGUUCCCAAACACCUCAUCCCUAAAGAAUCCUUCGAUAUGGUCAUACGAAGUAUCAAGAAGAACGGAUCAAGCAUUGAUUGUAUCAUUUGCACUCGAACACUUUACAUCCCCUCCCAUGAAGCAGAUAGCAGAGACCAAACCACUCAGCCACCCCCAUUCAAUCCCGAUGAUAACUUCAUAACCCUUUGCUACCUAAAGUGCAAGCAUUUCACAUGUAUCAGGUGUAUAAUUCAAGACCAGAAUAAUAAUAGGUGCUCAGAGUGUCGAGCUCAAGAUGUGUAUGUGGAUAUUCACCGACUUAUAGCCCUCUCCCCAUCUAACCUUGUCUUUGCCGAGGGCUAUACUGUUUCUCCCGCCGACCAGCAAUGGCUCCAAAACCUGCCAUGGAACGACAAUAAGAUCUACUUCUACCAAUCCUACGAGAGCAUUGAGUCUCUGGACAACGAUCUUAAUCAAGAACCAGCUAGCAUUACUUCCAUCCGAGUCUAUAUUGUUUAG